AUGGCUCGCACCAAGCAAACGGCCCGCAUCUCGACGGCUGGCGGCAAGGCGCCGCGGAAGAAUCUCGCCGUUAAGACUGCUCGUAAAUCCCAUGAUGCGAAGGGAGGCGUCAAGAAGCCCCAUCGUUACCGUCCCGGCACCGUGGCCCUCCGGGAGAUUCGCCGCUUCCAAAAAUCGACGGAGCUUCUGAUCCGCAAGUUGCCCUUCCAACGCCUGGUGCGUGAGAUCGCCCAGGACUUCAAGUCGGAACUUCGUUUCCAAUCAGCCGCGAUUGGUGCCCUGCAGGAAGCUUCCGAGGCCUACCUAGUCGGCUUGUUCGAGGACACCAACCUCUGCGCCAUCCACGCCAAGAGGGUCACCAUCAUGCCGAAGGAUAUCCAGCUUGCGCGUCGAAUCCGUGGAGAGCGCACC